AUGUCGGCCAUGUCGGCCCCGCGCGGCGUCACGUCGCAGAUGGCGAACGAGGUCGACCGUAGCGCCCAGCGAGAGCAACCACCUUCUCUUGCAGACCUUCCUUGGAACAAUCCCGCCGUGACGUACACACCCGCACACUACACGCGUCGAAAUCUGCUGCAGGACCGGCUUUUGCAGAGCAACGAAUAUCAUCGCCGGCGAGUCAGGGCAGUCAUUGAGUUCUCCAGAGAUUUAUUGAUGCGGCUUGGACAGAACCAGGACGAUGACGACCUGAUACUAUACAUGAUAUCCAAAGAUCGCCUUCACGACGCAUGGAUUGAUAUCUUCCUUACAACGCCUGACUACUAUCUGCAGAUGGCACCAGCUGAGAUUCAAGAAGUAUACCAUAAGCAGAUUGCAUCAAUGUCAAAUGGGGUAAAGAUCGACGAGGAGUAUACCCUGGGUCGACCGAGAAAGCGAAAAGCUUCUGAAACUGAGAACGGGGUCCAAGUACUUCGCACAGCUAAUGCAGUUAACAAUGCAGAAGGACAAGUGCAUGAGUCUGGUAAGCGACCCCACCACGAGAUCUCCGCACUGGCAGAAGAAUCACUGUAUCAGCAUCGCUCGUCACUACCCUCCGAGAGUCUACUUUCAGCUUGUUCGUCGCAGGAGCUGGACCGCAUCUUAGACAUGUUCAUGCCAGCUCUGAGCGCUCAAAUUGCUAUCCCCACACAUGAUCCGAUAGCGUCUGCGCCAGAGGCGGUGCUCAACGCGAUGGCGGUCGCACCGGCAGUGGUAGUAGCACCUCCAAGUCAGCCCGUGAUCCCGGUAGCUAUGCCUCCAACAGGCGUAGCCCCCCAGCCUGGCUUAGCGGACCCCAUUGCUGCUUACAUGGCUGGUAACCCCUUCAGAAACACACAAGAUAUCGCCGGUCAGGGAUGUGCAGGCAUUGCAAUGUCCCGUGGUCAGAUCCGUGCCUUUGUCGAGAUUCAAGGUAGACCAUUGGCAAGCCUUCCACCCGCGGCCAACUCCCACCAUCGUCAUGAGCUGAGGGGUGUGGCUCCACCAAAAACGGUUGAUCCUACUUUGAUCAACUGUGUCACGACUGCGCAGGAAAUUCUCACUGUAAGUCUACUGCUCCGAUCUGAAAAGCGCUCACUGAUACUCGAUCAGUUUCUUCCAUUUCAGACCGUGAACUACGAGCUUUGGGAUCGCAUUCGGAAGUCCUGGGCCCCAAAGGCGAUCGCUGAUCUCAUAGCCUAUGUUCGUCAGCUACGCUCGGGUAAGAGCUUCCACCGGACGACCUUCCACCACUAUCACGAUAACCGACCGGAAGACAUACCAGAGCAUACUUUCACCACGAACGUACCUUCAAACAUGUCACCGAGAGGGAAACUGGACAAAGAUGCCCGCACCUGGCCUCUUCACGACUACUUCCUUUACCAUCUGGGGGACGGAGUAGUGCAUUACCCCGCUGGUCGCAACGCACAGCUCAUGACGCACUGCGUUUGGCAUGUGCGGAAUGUAUCCCAUGACAUGGAUGUCAAGAUGUCGGAGAUCGUCCAGUAUGCAGCGAAGCACGGCAUAUCCGUUCCCGCUGCGGAUCUGAUUCAGCCGGACACAAACGUGGUAUUGGAAGACACGCCUUCGCCGGCCUUCCUUGCUAUGAUCCACAAACAUUUUGUGAGCAAGUAUGGUAAAAGUUCUGGCGGCAUCUAG